AUGUUGCAGUUUCUGUUGCUUGGCCUGUUGGCCGUGGUCGGGGCCCAGGACUCGGAGUAUUUCGAGAACUACUACAACGAGAUUGAUGUGGACGAUGAGCUGGCAGAGAUCAAGACGCGCAACGCUAUGCAAUCGCCGCUGCAAUUGUGGCCCAGCACAAGGAUCUACUAUCGCAUAGCCAGCGACUGUAGUCCGGAGGAGGUGGCCAAUGUGCACACGGCCCUCGCCACGUUCAACGAGCAGACCUGCCUGCAGUUUGAGGAGCUGUCAGGGCCGGCUGCAGCUGGCGCUCGCUAUGUCUACUAUAAGAAAUCGGACAAGCUGUGCGGCACUCGCAUUGGCUACAAUCCCAUACCGAUCCUGGGCUCCGGCUCACACGAUGUCCAGCUCUCGCCGAAGUGCCUGUCCUCGCCGGGCAUUAUACAGCAUGAGACACUGCAUUUGCUGGGGCUCUACCACGAGCAGAGUCGACCCGAUCGCGACGAUCACGUUGUUAUCGAUUACGAUAACAUUCCGCGCAAGUAUUGGCCACAGUUCAUGGCCACCUCGACGGCCACUACGACCACAUACGAUGUGCCCUAUGACUUCGAUAGCGUCAUGCACUAUCCGAAAAAUGCCUUUGCCAAGGAUCCCACUCAGCCCACAAUACGCGCCCUGGUCGACGGCUCAGCUGUGGAGCGGGAUAUGGGACAGACGAUGGGCCCAACCGAGGGUGACUUAUUCAAAAUACGCAAGAUGUACAAGUGCGAUCAGGCCUUAUAA